UAUUAGAGUUAGAGGCGGAUAACCUAAAAAAAUUUUAGUUUGUUAUUAAUCAUGUUUAAAAUAUAAUAUACAUCAAAAUAUAUAAUUAAAGUAUAAUUUAAUACCUUAAAAUUGAAUAGAAAUAAGAUUUGGAAGUAUUUUAACCUUUUAAAAUUGUGUGAUUAAAAAAAACAAGAUGAUACCAAUGUUAAGUUGUUUAUUUUGCAAAAGAAAACGGCGUUUAUUUAACAUUUACAAGAUUUAUGGGCGUACGGAAAGACCAAUUACAAGUUAUAUUAUAAGUUUCUUCGGAGAUGUGGAAGAAUAUUUAAAAGAAGAUCACGGGAUAUGUAGCACUUGCGUCCUCCUCCUUAAUAAGCUUAUUUACAUAAAAAACUUCAUGGUUAAAACAAUAAUCGACGAUACCGUUAACUCAGAUUCUUAUGUAAGUUUUUCGGCAGCUUACAAACUCUUCCUACACAACUUAGAUAAAUUAAAUUUUGAUGAUGGGGAUUCAAUGGAAGAUGGUGGUGUAUCCGAUUUAUUAAAACCAAUGCAUUCAACUCCGUGUGAAAUUGAUUAUGAUUAUUCGAGUGAUAGAAACACCCCGUACAUUGAUAAAGAAGUGGAGAAAGUUUUUAGGCCAUCAAAAAGAAAACGCCGACGAUCCACUAAAUCAACAAUUGAUGACGACACAGGAGUUUCACCCCCUUGUUUACGCUAUGAUGAAGACGGCCGAUUAUUAAACAAACGUACCAGAUCAGUUUCAAGGUUAUUAAACGCGAUGCAAGAAGACGUCGAUUGUGGCGCAAAAGAAAAGGAAAAUUUCGAAAGAGAUCACGUUUCCCAUCACGAAUUAUUAGCGAAAUACUUUUGUUGUGAGUGUAGAUCGGAUCGAUUUACAUCCUUAGAUUUCGUACAUCAUAAAGCUUCAGAAGAAAUGACGUCUUUUUAUCGUAUUGAUUAUAAUGAUCAUCCAAAUAACAAUUCAAAGCAGGUUACAACAGGAGAUUUUCAUGUAAAAGUUUUGAUACAAAAAGGAAAAAUUAAUGAUAGCCCAAUUUUAAGAUUUCAAGAGUCUCCUGAAGUUAUUACACCUUCAUUAAACACAAGUUUAUCUCAAAGUAGUCAACAAUCCGACGUGGAGGAUUCAGAAUUAGAUACAGGACAAGAAAAUUCUUCAAUAACAAGCGAAAAAAAUGAAACAAAUAAUUCAAGUAUCACAAGUAGUGAAGAUGACAUACAUAGAUAUAAUGAAAUUGAGCUUGAUGAUAAAUGUGAAGAAGAUAAUAUCAUUGCUGAAGGUGAGAGUUUAUUAAGUGAUGAUGAUAAAGUUAUUGAGGAGAGUAAAGAUGAUAAAAUUGAGGAGGAAAGUGAAGAUGAUAAAAUUGAGGAGGAAAGUGAAGAUGAUAAAGUUAAUGAAGAAAAUGUAGGUGAUAAAAUAGAAGAAAGUGAAGAUGAUAAAGUUAAUGAAGAAAAUGUAGAUGAUAAAAUAGAAGAAAGUGAAGAUGAUAAAGUUAAUGAAGAAAAUUUAGAUGAUAAAAUAGAAGAAAGUGAAGAUGAUGAAGAAAAUUCUUGUUAUAUACCAAGUGCCUUAGAACCAGAAAGAAUGGUUCGCGAUAUAAUUGAUACAUCAUCCUCUGAAUCUGAAUCUCCUGAAGAUUUACACAAAAUAUUAAGAAAAAGAGAACUUAAAGUGGAUGUUACUCGAAUGAUAAUCGAUGAGGCUUUAUUGACACGUUUAAAUAGAUUUCCAAUUUACCAACGCAGGAGGAGAAGCGGAGAAAGUAGAAGUAGUGGGAGUGGCAAGUAUGAUUUUAAAAAUAAUUUAAGGACAGAUACAGAAUAUGAUUCGUUUGAUAGUGAUUAAUUAAAAUAUGCUUAUUUUACUUAUAUAAGUUUAAUUUUUCUUUUUUAAAUUAAUAUUGUAAAUAAGGCAUUAAUAUUUUGCGUUAAUCCUAAUUUGAUUUUACAAUAGAUUAAUUUAUAUACAUAGAUAUUAAUUUUGUUAGAAUUGUUUUGAAUGUUCAUUUUCCAAUAAGAUUUUUAAACAACUUCUAGUCAUAUAAAAACGAUGUUUUGACCAAUUCUCUGCGUUUCAGGGUGAUUUUAAUGAACAUUUAGUACUUUUUAAUACAUCACAAUUUUUUUUUGUUAAGUAAUUAUUUGUCAAAGUACAAAGUAAGGCCCCAUCUACAUAGUAGGAGUAGUUAAAAGUUAAUUUUUAACCUUUUAUAGCAAUUAAAAAAAUUUUUAUAAAAUUAAGAUAUAAAUUAAAAAUCAUUUAAAAUUGGAAUUUCUUAAAUAAAUUUAUUGAAUAAGGGUAUUUUGGUUAUAACGAAUUAUAUUCAUUAGUAUUAUCAUUACUUUCUUAGUUGAUUGUUACAAAAUAUUGAAUGCAGUACACACAAGAUAUUUUUAAACCUUUUGUUCGUCUAACGUACCAUCGCCAUCCGCAUUAACGUACUAGAAUUGAAAAAGAUCGUAAGAAAUAGUAAGCAGGUUCAUAUAAAAUUAAGAAUAUAAAAAUCUUAACAAACCAUACGUUAUUUUAAUAUGUAAACAAAAAACUAUAACAUGAUAGUGUUGCAACAAGACUUUCUUCAACAGAACAGUCUCUAUCAUCGACAUCAAGUGGGUUUUGUAAUUGAAGUAAAUCUUCUAUGGAAAGUUCUGCUUCAUGGGAUUGUCACUUAUUUAUUUAUUUCUAGAUUUAAUCGCUCUCCCAUUUUUACAAUCUUGCCCACAAUUUCAUUUUGAAGAUCUUCGUCUUUUGCUUGUUCAUCACCCGCAAAAUUGGAGACACUACUUAUUCCAUGUAUUCUUCAUGGCUGAUUCCUUAAUUUUAAUCCAAGGAUUAUCUUGGAUCCAAUUACAAAUAAAUGCUAAAUAAGUAAAUAACGUAUUUUCGUUUAUUUCUAAAAUAAAUUUAUUGGUUUUAUUGAAUAAGGAUAUUUUGGUUAUAACGAAUUAUAUUCAUUACUAUUAUCUAUACUUUUUUAGUGGAUUGUUACAAAAUAUUGAAUGCAGUACAAUAUUAGUAUUAACUUUAUUGUUAAGGGGGGAAACCGCAUUAGGAGACUCAUUUUCAUUGAUUUUUUAGGAUUUUUUUUUGGGUGGGAAGAAUUAAUUAGAAUUUAAUCAAACUUUGACAAUAUUUGUUUAUAUUUCGAACAGCUUUUGUGAAUUUUUUGGAUAAUUUUAUCGAAAAAUAACAAAGUUAUGCUCUGAUGUCCGCUGGAUGUUGUACCUAGAGUUCUCCAAUUGCGGGACGUGUAGCCAUUUCAAUUUUCAUCUGAUAUCAAAAAGUUUUUCAUUUUAGAUUAAUAACUUAUUUUCUAAGAAUAUGAACCUCAAUGCAGGUAAAUGUAACGAAAACUAAAAAUUUUGCAGGUGUUGGAAAAAUUUACUUCAAAUUUCACAUUUUUUCUUUACUAAUUAUGCAAGAAAAACUCUUAAAAUCAUGAUAUCAUCUCAAAAGUUGGUUCAUAUAUUUCGUAAUUUCAUAAAUAAUCAUAAUGAUUGGUUCAUUACUUUUUGAGUUAGAGUUCCCGCAAAUGUGAAAAAUGUCAUUUUGAGAAACACGCGUUUGAAAAAAACAUCUCGAAAACUAGAAAUUUAGAAAAGUGAAUAAUAUAAAGCAGUCACCGAUUAAUCCGCGAUUUCAGCACCAUAUAUUAGUCCUUCUUCUUCCUCAUAGGCUUCAUUUUGCGCCUGCAGCAAUGCCGUUCAAACUUGCCGACCUUUCUUCGACUCCAAUGAACUACGUCGAUUCUGUCUAGAACUAUCGAUUUUUUUAACCUUCUAAUGUGGUUUCCUCCCUUAACUGUUCUAGUAACAUGAACAUUUUGUGAAUGACCUAGUAUACUAUAUUUGAAGAUUAUAGUUAUUAUAUUUAUCUAAAAAUAUUUAUAAGUUCUAUAAGAACAUGUUUCUUCGUUUGAAGUAAAUCAAUGUAUGUAAUAUUGGUGACUGAAAAUUUAAAUGCUCUUCUGUCACAAAAAAUUUCAAAUAUUACUGUAAGAAUGAUGAGGGUAGAGACAGAAUGUAUCACCAGAGAUCAUUCCUUCACAUUUUCGAUUAUGAAUCUCCUUAAUCAUUUUAUUCAAUGAAAGAAUAACAGUAAUAUUUCAUAAACAUGAAGACAAAACCUGAAGUAAUUUUUGAGUUUAUUUUAAAUACGCAUAAAUAAGAUUAAGCGCAGUCUUGAACGCAGUUAUUCUUCUUAUAGUGCUUAUUCGGUGCGGAUCUUAGCGAUCAUUCUCUCUAUCACAACCUUGUUCACUGCUGCACGGAAUACUCAUGUUCUGAUGACUUCAAGUCUUCUGCACUAUUUUUUUGCAGUAAACUGCAUCUUCUCACUCUUCUCCACAUCUUUUACUGACAUUUUUUUCACUUGAGGCAUCAGUUGCUGCAACCCCAUCAGACUGUCUGUCAUAAUAACUGUAUCGUCAGCGUACCGGAUGUUAUUCAAUCUUUUCCCAUUUACAGAUAUUCCUUCAUUCACAAAGAAGCCUUCUGAAUAUAUAUUCUUAGUAGACGUUGAAUAAUAAAGGGAACAAUAUGUCUUGCUGUAGUCACUCACAUACUUAUCAUCUAUAUAAUUGCCGAUUUAAAAAGCUUUAAAAUUCCGAUGUAAGUUUUGAAAUAACUCAGCGCUGUAGAUGACCAUAGAUAAUAUGUCUUUAUUUUAUUUUGUUUGUCUAUGACGUGAUUGUUGGCAACUUAAACCAUAUUGUUCUGGGUUUGAGCAGACCAGCUGUUCCUUAAUUUCUUUCUAGCUUCCUUGAUUUUUCUUUGUAUUUGCCUGUGGAUCGCCAAUUAUUUAGAUAUUCUUUUAUGAGUUUUCUUCGUUCCAUCAUUUAUAGCAUAUCACCACACAUCGAUGGACACAUGAAUUUCGUCUGACGUUUUGGUCUAGUCUUAAGAAUUUUUCGAAUUAAUUACAUGUUUUAGUUUUUCAAGUUCCGAAACCACAUCUCAGCUGCUCCUUUCGCUUUCUGUGUGUUCUGUCGCAUUUCAUUAUAUCAUAUUUGCUCUUAUUUCCUGGUUGAUGUAUCCUUUUUAGUUUUAGUCUUGAGUAUACCAACUACGGGAAUAUGGUCCGCUAUAUCUGCCCCAGGAUAAAUUUUAACAGAUGUAAAAAAGUUCUUGUACCUCUUAUUGACUAAUAUAUAGUCGAUAUGAUUUCUCAUUACAUGUUCCCCAGAGUCUAGUGGGGAUUUCCAUUUGUACAACCUUUUCGGUGGUAGAUUAAUGAAUGCUAAUCAGUCUCUACGUAAGUACAUGAACAUAAGUAUACAUCAAAGAGAAAAAUGUGCUGAUAAAUAUGCUGAUCUUUGCCAGCUCUCUACUAUUGUAUAUCAAUACAUCAAUAAACGGAAUUACUCAUAUUUAUAGUUAGGUUUUUUGAAUAAUAAAAGGCAUCUUUAUGAUUAUCACGUUUAUUUUUUUUUAUGUUAUUUAUUGGUUGUCUACUACGAGACUUCUUCCGAGCAAAAUAUAAAAGUAUAUAGGUUUUAUAGUAACAGAAACUCUUUUUUUUAAACAUAAACUGUUGUUAGUUUUAUUGGUAACACUUUAAAUUCGUUAUAUCCGAAAUCCAAUUACUUAUUUUUGUUUUUAUUUUAUAUAAAUUAGUU